AUGCAGCCCAAACUUGAAAACUCUACUGCUAAGCAAUCUGCCGCAUCAGCAUCCUCAACAACAUCUUCAAAGAAGUUCCAGAAAAAGAAGGCAGCUACCAGCGAACUCAGCAUGAUAAUCCCAUCAAGUUACACCAUUGUUUCCGACGAAAGUUCGGAUGAGGAUGACAUUUUAUCUACUGAAUAUCACUACAGCAACCUCGAAGCCGCUGCGCGUGUCAAGCAAGAGAUCCGUCAACGCCACGAGACCGCGGAACUCAUUCGUUCUUACGGCGAGAUUAUCGAUUCGUUCAAGUCCGUCUGCAGAAAGCUAUCUGUGCCAAAAGGCCCAGUGGACGACCACAAGCGUGCUGAAGAGAUUGAUCUGUUUGAAAGGGAAAUGACUAGUGUUAUCAUGUCAAGGGUCUCAAAGUUGAUUCAAAAACAAGCCUCUCGUCCAUCUCCAGCAUCAGGUACCUUGAAGUCAAGCCCUGUGCCUGGAAAAAAGGAGAAGAUAGGAGAAACCGUCAAGCCUCGUUCGUCUGUCUCUUGGAGUGAUUUGGGUACUUCGUCAGCAGGUACGAAGGGCUGUGCUGAGAAUCUCAAGACUUCAAGCGGUGACUCUGGAAAAGCUAAGAGUUCGGGUGCUGCUUCUGUGAAAGAGGCGAAGUCAGUCGAUAACCUGAAUACACAAGUUCCCACGGAUCAAACUAGCCCUUCUAAAAUGAAGACGAAGGCCGCCCCGGAUUCCCUAUCCAAGUCCAAGUCCAAAUCGCAGAAUAGUGACUCAAAACAGCCUACAGGUAUGCUCCAAACCUCAAGCCAUCAAAUAUCAGCAGACGUCAAGACUAACAACAUCUCGUCCCCUAGUCCCUGCAUCUCAACCGUCAUCAUCUUCUAA